UGUAGCAAACGCAGACGUUUUUGUCUUAGGAUUAAAUAUGUGAAUUUAUAUCAGAUUUUAAUGAAAAUGGUACUUCAAAACACUGGGAAAUAUAGAGCAGAACGGGAGGACCCUACCAAGAGAGAUGCAGGCUCAUCAUCAGGUCCUAGAGAGGAAUCUUCAGAGUCCCGUAUCCGUGUGGCGUUGGAAAAUGACAGAAUUGAUUCGAAGUACGGCUUUGAUCGGGUUCGAGAUGCUAAAGAGAGGACAGGUUACUUGAUCAACAUGCAUACUGCAGAGGUAUUAGAUGAAGACAAGCGUCUAGUGGCAGCCGUGGACUACUACUUCAUAGAAAUGGACGGCUCCCGGUUCAAGGUGUCACUGACCUUCCAGCCAUACUUCCUCAUCAUGGCGCGCAAGGAGUGCGAGCAGGAAGUUAUACAGUACCUGUCUAAGAAGUUUGCUGGCAGUGUCCAUAAAAUUGAUGUCAUAGAGAAAGAAGAUUUAGAUUUGCUAAAUCAUCUAUCAGGCUUAAAGCAGCGGUAUAUAAAACUAUCCUUCAUGUCACAAAAUGACAUGAUGAAGGUUCGUAGAGAGAUAUUGACUGCAGUCAACAAAAAUAAAGAACGAGAGAAAAAAGACGCCAUCUACGCGGAUCUAUUGACUAAUGCUCUCACUAGCGCCGCUGCUAUAGAACACGCUAAGAAAACUACAGAUCAUAUGGAGAAUAUUUUGGACAUAAGAGAGCACGACGUUCCAUACCACGUGCGUGUAUCAAUCGACGUGAAGAUAUUCUGCGGCACGUGGUACACCGUCAAGAGCCGAGGCACUGAACCGCCGGUCUUCACCAAGAGAGACGACAUCAUCGAACGACCAGACCCUAUUGUCCUAGCGUUCGACAUAGAAACCACUAAACUGCCUCUAAAGUUCCCCGACUCGCAGACUGAUCAAAUCAUGAUGAUUUCAUACAUGAUCGAUGGGCAAGGAUACUUGAUUACUAACAGAGAGAUCAUAUCUGUUGAUGUUGAAGACUUUGAGUAUACGCCCAAACCGGAAUUUGAAGGGCAAUUCAUCGUUUUUAAUGAAGUAAAUGAACUGGCCCUGAUUCAGAAAUUUUUCGAUCACAUUAUGGAUGUGAAGCCUCACAUUUUCGUUACUUAUAACGGUGAUUUCUUCGACUGGCCGUUCGUGGAGGCGCGUGCGGCGAUACUGGGUCUGGACAUGAAGCAGGAGAUCGGGUUCAGCAAGAUCGCGGCGCGAGACGGCACCUACGCUUGUCGACCCGCCAUGCAUAUGGACUGCUUGUGCUGGGUAAAGAGAGACUCGUACCUGCCAGUAGGCUCACAAGGUUUGAAAGCCGUGGCCAAAGCGAAGCUCCGCUACGACCCCGUGGAAUUGGACCCCGAAGACAUGUGUCGGAUGGCGGCGGAACAACCACAGGUGCUGUCCAACUAUUCAGUGUCAGAUGCAGUGGCGACUUACUACUUGUAUAUGAAAUACGUGCAUCCGUUCAUAUUUGCGCUCUGUACCAUCAUCCCGUUGGAGCCAGAUGAGGUACUCCGCAAAGGCUCCGGCACUCUGUGCGAGUCGCUCCUCAUGGUGGAAGCGUUCCACGCAAACAUCGUGUUCCCUAAUAAACAGGUGGAGGAACUGAACAAAUUGACGAACGACGGACACGUGCUGGAGACUGAGACUUACGUCGGCGGGCACGUCGAGGCGCUCGAGUCGGGCGUAUUCAGAGCGGACAUUAAGUGCAAGUUCCGUAUCGUUCCCUCGGCGGUGGAUAAACUGAUUGAAUCUAUAGAGAAGACAAUGAAACACGCCAUAGAAGUGGAAGAAGGGAUUCCCUUAGAGCUGGUGACGAACUUUGAAGAGGUGUGCGGAGAGAUUCGUGCGAAGUUGCAGCAUAUGAAGGAUCAUCCGAGGAGAGAUGAGAACCCUUUGAUAUACCAUCUCGAUGUCGGUGCUAUGUACCCCAACAUCAUCCUGACUAACAGGUUGCAGCCGUCGGCGAUGGUGAACGCGAGUAUCUGCGCAGUGUGCGACUACAACAGACCCGGAGCUACCUGCCAGAGACACAUGGAGUGGAUGUGGCGCGGAGAAUACUUGCCGGCGAGUCGCAGCGAGUACCAGCGAAUCCAGCAUCAGCUGGAGACUGAGAAGUUCCCGCCGCUGCACCCGGGCGGGCCGCCGCGCGCCUUCCACGCCUUGCCCAAGGAAGACCAGGCUGCAUACGAAAAGAAGCGUUUAGCGGACUACUGCCGAGUGGCGUACAAAAAGACCAAACUGACGAGAACAGAAGUGCGAACCACUACCAUUUGUCAGAAGGAGAAUUCUUUCUACGUUGACACUGUUCGAGCUUUCAGAGACCGUCGCUACGAGUACAAAGCGUUGAACAAGCAGGCGAAGGCCAAAGUGUCAGAGGCCGUGGCCAGCGGCGACGCGGCCGAAAUCAAGAUCGCCAAGAGCCGUGAGGUGCUCUACGACUCCCUGCAACUCGCCCAUAAGUGCAUUCUGAACUCCUUCUACGGAUACGUCAUGAGGAGAGGAGCCCGAUGGCACAGCAUGGAAAUGGCGGGUAUAGUGUGCUACACAGGUGCCAACAUCAUCAUGAAAGCACGGGAGAUCAUCGAGCAGGUCGGACGACCGCUCGAGCUCGAUACUGACGGUAUUUGGUGCUUGCUUCCAUCGUCGUUCCCCGAGACGGUGACAGUUCUCACGUCACACAACAAGAAGAAGAAGAUCAACGUGUCCUACCCCAACGCUGUCCUCAACGCCAUGGUCAAGGACCACUUCACAAACGACCAAUACUUCGAGCUGGUGGACCCUGUGGAGAAGAAAUACGAACAGCGUGCGGAAAACUCCAUCUUCUUCGAAGUGGAUGGUCCUUACCUCGCUAUGGUAUUGCCGGCUUCUAAAGAGGAAGGGAAAAGGUUGAAGAAACGAUAUGCUGUGUUUAAUUUCGAUGGAUCUUUGGCUGAACUGAAAGGUUUCGAAGUAAAGCGCCGUGGCGAACUGCAACUGAUAAAGAUCUUCCAAUCGUCAGUAUUCGAAGCGUUCCUCAAAGGCAAUGACUUGAAGUCCUGCUAUGCGGCCGUGGCUAAAGUAGCCGAUUAUUGGCUGGAUGUACUUUAUAGCAAGGGAUCUAACAUGCCCAAUUCAGAACUGUUCGAGUUGAUAUCGGAAAACAGAUCUAUGUCAAAGAAGCUGGAAGACUAUGGCGGACAGAAGUCGACAUCUAUUUCGACGGCCAAGAGAUUGGCUGAGUUCCUGGGAGAUCAGAUGGUGAAGGAUGCCGGAUUGGCUUGCAGGUUCAUAAUAUCGCGCAAGCCCGAAGGCGCUCCGGUAACGGAGCGGGCGAUACCACUAGCCAUCUUCCAGUCCCCGCCAGCAGUCAAACGCCACCACUUGAGACGAUGGUUGAGAGACAACAGCAUAUCUGAAGACAUCGACAUUAGAGAUGUUUUGGACUGGGCGUAUUACAUCGAGCGGUUGAGUGGCGCCAUACAAAAGAUUAUUACUAUACCUGCCGCUAUGCAAGGCCUAGACAACCCAGUCCCCCGCGUGCAGUAUCCGGACUGGCUGCACAAGAAGAUGUUGGCCAAGACAGACAAGUUCAAGACGAGGAAGAUCACGGACAUGUUCUCUGCGGCGCCCAAGCAGGUGAAAGAGAGGGAAGAUGUAGAGGACGACGAAGGGGCUUCUAGUGAGAAUGUCGACACUUCGAACACCGAAGUGGACAUAGAAGACAUAGGCAAGACGGCGUCAGAGAAGAGCCCUACAAUAAGACCUGUGGUGCACACUGUGAAGAGGAAGCGAGAGGAGAGUCCUCCCAAACUGUACGCCACGUGGAGGGAGGCGCUGGGGCCGCCGCCGCCUUUUGGCGACACUAAGGAAGAGCGAUUAGCGUGGAUAUUGUUCCAAAAGAAAAAGUGGAAAUGGCAGUUGGAGCAACGCGGGGUGCGGACUCGAACGGGAAAAAGAGGCAAGAUAGACCAUGACGCGAUGUCAAUGCCCCCUCCGCGCAUGGAGGCGACCAAUACUCUGGGCGGGUUCAUACGACGAGCGCAGCGCACCUUACUGAAUACUCCUUGGCAGAUUAUACAGGUAGCAGAAACAGCAGAGCCAGGGCUUUUCAAGCUGUGGGUACUGGUAGGAUCGGAGCUGCAUCAGGUGAAGCUGUCGGUGCCGCGCGUGUUCUACGUGAACCAGCGCGUGUCCCGCGGCGCUGACAGCGGGCAGUACUGGCGCAAGUGCAGCCGCCUGCUGCCGCGCGCGCACCCCGCGCUGCACCUCUACCAGUACUCCGUGCCCGAGCAGCUAUACCGCGACCACCAGGAGGAGCUGAUGGGCGAGCUGUCGGCGCCGGAGAUAGAGGGCAUCUACGAGACGCAGAUGAGUCUGGAGUUCCGUGUGCUGAUGCAGCUAGGGUGUAUCUGCGCCGUCGACACGCAGGAGGCGCGCAAACUUCAGUUUGGCUCGAGCAAUAUAGAUUCGUUCAAGCUAAGCCAACUCCAGUUUAAGACGGUGGCUCACCAGCCGUAUUUGAAGAAACAGGACGGCGUGUCCCCAGUGAAGCACAUAUUCCUGUACCAGCACUCUGCGCCCAACUCGCCGCGCAGCAUGUGGGCGCUCAUUCUGGGCCCGAGCAAGAGAGGAUACAUCUUCGUACUCGACACCGUCAAAAACAACCAAGUGCCCAACAUGAAUACUCUGUACGCUGCUGAGAGAACUGCCAAAAUCAACAAGGGCGCGGAGGAGAGCGCCCUGCCCCCGGCGGAGAUAACGUGGGAGGUGGUGGCGGAGAGCCAGCCGCGCGUCGUGUGGCGCCUGCUGCAGCGCGCGCUGCUGCGGUACCGGGACGAGCGCGCCGGGCCCACGCUGUGCGCGCUGCAGGCCGCGCACUCGCCCGCCGCGCUGGCGCAGCUCAUGCCCGGUCUGACGGACUUCCCGCUGGUGCCUCUUCACGUGCGUGACGUGGAGAGUCUGUACAGCACGUUAGACUGGCAGAGGAUCGGAGCCCGCGCUAUUGUGCGCCACUACCUCAACUUGGAACCCGUCCUCGAUCUCACUAUAGAACAAUGCAGAUACUUCCACGUCCCCCUCGGCAACAUGCCAGCGGAUCCGACGCUGUUCGGCGCGGACCUGUUCUACGCGCGUCACCUCGUCAAGCACAACUUCGUGCUGUGGUGCUCCAACCUCGAGCGGCCCGACCUGGGCGGCCGCGAGACUGACGAUAACAGGCUGGUGAGCGAGGCGGAGGACACGUCGGGCUGCGCGCACUCGGUGGCGGGCGCGUGGGGCAGCGUGUGCGUGGAGCUGGACACGGACGCGCUGGCCGUCAGCGCGCUGCUGCAGGCGCACCACAUACACCACGUGGAGGGCACCAGCGCCGCCACGCCCUUCGCCACCACUGACAUACAAGUCGCCAUCAACACUACUGGAGCGAAUGCGUCCGUUAACUACGAUGAAACUGCGCAGUGCAGCGCGGCGUUCAAGGUCCUGCGCACCAUGAUCGCCACGUGGCUGCGUGACGUCACGCAGUUCAAAAACGUCUUCGCCGACUACCAGAUAUCACACUUUUAUAGAUGGCUAAAGACUCCAACAUCGCUGCUAUACGACCCUGCGCUGCGCCGCACAUUAUACAACCUGAUGAAGAAGCUGUUCCUCAUGUUGGUGGCUGAGUUCAAGAGGCUCGGCUCUACAAUAGUGUUCGCUGACUUCACGCGCAUCAUACUCGCUACUAAGAAGACCUCAGUAUUGGACGGCAUCGGGUACGUGGAGUUCGUGGUGCAGAGCAUCCGCAACAAGGAGCUGUUCCACGGCAUCGACAUCCGGUACAAGCGGUGCUGGGGGUACCUGCUGUGGCUCGACGAGGCCAACUACGCCGGGAUUCAGGGAAAACUUCCUCAAGGCUUGGUAGAAGUAGGAUCAUCGCAGCUGCCGACUGAAAGUGAAGAAAAUCCCGAUGAAGAGGCUGAGAUCUCGAUGCAGUGGAACCUGUGCUCGUUUCUGCCAGCGGGCGUGCGCGAGUACUUCACAGCGGCCGUGGCGGGCUUCCUCAGCGCAGCACACGCCGAGCCACACAAUCUGCCCACAUUACUAAGGGGAGAGAUCUCACAGAAACUAUUCCGUAUGACGGAGCGUAUAAACAGCCGCAUGCCGUGCCUGCGCCCCGGCGACAUCGAGCCGCAGCCCGGCCUCCGAGCUGACGCCUUCGACGUCUCCACCACGCCCGCCUUGUUGUACGUCAACGCGGUCUGCAAGGUGCUGUCGUUACACCAAUCUUUGGAUGAAGAGGUCACUCUUCUCCGGCGUAACUUGCUCCGUCUGAUCGGCGUAGGCGAGUUCAGCAGCCUGGCGGAGUGGCGCGACCCGUGCGACUCGUGCGAGCUCACAGAGGUCAUCUGCAAGGUGUGCAACCACUGCCGCGACCUCGACCUCUGUCGGGACACGCACCGCUCCGUCAACAACGACGUUCCCGUGUGCCUGUGUCCGACGUGCGGCGCGGCGUACGACAACCAGGAGCUGGAGUGGCGGCUCAUCGAGACCAUGAACCGGCGCGCCAUGACCUUCACGCUGCAGGACCUCGUAUGCACACGCUGCCAUCAGGUGAAACGCGAGAAUCUCUCAGUGGUCUGCGAAUGCGCCGGCGACUUCUCCCUGAUGGUACCGGCGACAGAAGUGAGGUCACAACUAGCUACCUUCAAAACCAUCGCACAGUAUUACAAGAUGCCUCUCUUAUUAGAACUUAUAGAGUUUAACAUAAGUAAUAUGUGAUAGUAUUUAAGUGUUAUUCUAAGUUUUGUAAUUUGUAAGUUUGAUAAUGAUAAAAUGUAAAUUAGGUACCUUGUAA